GCCGCGAGCUUCAUUUUACUUAGAUGGGUCUCUUUGCCCCUGAUCGUUCCCAGCCGCACCGUUGGCGACGGCCACACAGGCACGACCUCCCCGACAGAGUCGCCCUGCUGAUGCCGCACCGCACUCACCUCCCGCCGCUCCGCGCGUUCCAGUUCCCGCUCGCCACCCACCUCCGUCACACUUGCUCUCCUUCCCCGCCACCACCUUGCCUCUCGCCAGCUCCCGUACCCCGAUGGCCGACGCCGCUUCGCGCCCGCGCGUUCGGCGAAUCCAUUCGCGGAGGCGCCGAGCCCCCUGGCUCCACCCUCGACGCGCUCCUCUCUGGCGCGGAGUUGCUCUGCCUCGCGCCGCCCGCCAUCUGCUCUGCGGUUUGCGCCGUCCGCCUUAUCGUCACGCGGGGCGGCUCAGUCAAGCCAUUCGCUGCUCUAGCGAGUGGGAGGAUGUUCGUCUUGCAGUACGUUCUCUUGGUGGGGGCGGUGGCGGUCGGGGUGCUGGUCCGGCGGAAGCAAUGGGAGCGACUUUGCCGGGUGGGCGCGGGCGGCAGCGCAUCGGCCACAGGUGGUGUGGAUUUGGUGGGGAGGGUCGAGAAGGUGGAGGAGAGCGUGCGGGGUGUGUUGGCGGCCGUUGUAGUGCUGUCGAGAACAGUGGAGAAGCUCGGCGUCAGGUUUAGGGUGCUGCGGAGGACGGUGACGGAUCCUAUCAGUGAGACAGCAACAUUAGCUGAAAAGAAUUCAGAAGCCACUCGAAUACUAGCAGCGCAAGGAAAUCUUCUCGAGAAAGAAAUUGGUUCGAUACAAAAGGUUCUGUACGCGAUGCAGGAACAACAAGAAAAGCAACUUGAGCUAAUCCUUGCAAUUGGGGAAGCAAGUAGGAUAUUAGAUGACAAGCAGGACUUAGGCCAGGAAACUGCUAUAUCUUCCAGUUCAGCUCCAGAUUAUGCAAAUAUAAGGGACCCGAAUAUCCAUGGAACAUCAGAUUUUUAGGCACGGCAGAUCAAAUGUUUUUUUUGGCAAUUUACGUUGGCGCAAGGAUGGCAACUAAACUUACCACCCUCGGCAAACAUAAUUUGCCAUGAAAAACGUUUGAUUUGCUAUGCCUAAAAAUCUGACGUCAGUUUUUUUUUAGCAUUUCAAAAUAUAAAAGCUGAAACACUUGCAGGCGGCAAUAAAAACCCUGAUUUCAUUUGCCGAAAUAGAAGCUAUAGAAGCGUCAUAAGCCUCUGCAUUAAGGUUUUGUACCAUCCAAAUAGUGAAGAGGAAUAGAUGAUUAAAGUGGUUCCCUGACGAAUAAAAUCACUGCUUUGAACAGUAAGCUGCCAGCAAUAUUUUGAUAUGCUCUUUGUAAACACAGGAAACGCAGAAUAAAUACACCAUAACGUGUGAUAUGU